GGAGGUCGCACAGCUUGGACCUCCAAGGUCACCGUUCAGCACCGUGUCCCGGGAGUCCCGUGGGUAAUUCCGGGACGAUACUUCUUCGACGGUGAUAACAAUGCCCGAGAAGAUGCUGCUGAGGUCGCUUGGAGGAAGUUGACCAACACCCCUUGA